UAGUCUGUGGACCCAUGUUUUUUUUCCCCAUGUUUUGAAAAUGUCUGGUGCUUGCAGUGAAAUUAUUGACGAUAUUGAGGAUUUAAUCUCAUCCCAGGAUAUUACGCCUAAGGAAAGAUAUGCCAGUAGAAAGAAUGUUAGCGUGCGGUCUCGGAAAAACAAUACGAAGGAGUCUGAACCGGUGGAAAAAGUGAUUUUACAAAGUGUUGUGCCAGGAACUCAAACCAUCUACGUAAAGACAUGGGGCUGCGCGCACAACAACUCGGACUCGGAGUACAUGGCGGGGCUGCUGGCGGCGCAGGGCUACCAGCUGACCGACGACAAGUGGAGCGCCCAGCUCUGGCUGCUCAACUCUUGCACUGUGAAGAAUCCCGCUGAAGAGCACUUCAGGAAUGAGAUAGAGCUGGGUCAAGCCCGCGGCAUCCAUGUGGUGGUGGCAGGGUGCGUACCGCAGGGAGCCCCGCGCGCCGGCUACCUCGCCGGGCUCAGCAUUGUCGGAGUGCACCAAAUUGACAGGAUUGUGGAGAUUGUUGAGGAGACUCUGAAGGGCCACACCGUCCGCCUGUUCGGGCAGAAGAAAACAAACGACGGCAAGAAAGCAGGUGGUGCCUCUUUACAACUACCCAAAGUGCGCAAGAAUCCUCUCAUAGAGAUCAUAGCUAUCAACACGGGGUGCCUGAAUCAGUGCACAUACUGUAAGACAAAGCAUGCGAGGGGGGAGUUAGGGAGCUACCCGACUGAAGAGAUCGUGGAGCGAGCGAGACAGUCGUUCAAGGAGGGCGUGUGUGAGAUCUGGUUGACUAGUGAGGAUACUGGCACAUACGGCCGCGACAUUGGCACCUCUCUCCCCGAGCUGUUAGACCAGCUGGUAGCAGUGAUCCCCGCGGGCUGCCGGCUGCGGCUCGGCAUGACCAACCCGCCCUACAUGCUGGAGCACCUGCCCCGGGUCGCCGGGAUCAUGAGGCACAGCCGGGUCUACAAGUUCCUGCACGUGCCGGUGCAGUCGGGCAGCGACCAGGUGCUGGCGGACAUGAAGCGGGAGUACACGAGGAAGGACUUCGAGCACGUCGUCGACUACUUGAGGAAAGAGGUCCCCGGCAUCACAAUAGCCACGGACAUAAUCUGCGGCUUCCCCACGGAGACGGCGGCGGACCACGAGUUGACGGUGUCUCUGUGUCGCCAGUACCGGUUCCCGAGCCUAUUUAUCAACCAGUUCUUCGCGCGCCCUGGGACCCCGGCUGCUAAUAUGACUAAGGUGCCCGGGCAGGAGGUGAAAAAGCGCACGAAAGAGCUGUCAGAGUUGUUCCGUUCAUACGAGCCGUACGGGCACAAGGUCGGCGAAACACAAGAAGUGCUCGUCACAGACAUAUCCCACGAUAAGAAGUACUUCGUCGGACACAACGAGUUCUACGAACAAGUGUUGGUGCCGAAAGAAGAGAGAUAUAUGGGAAAAAUGCUCACGGUUAAGAUCACAAGUGCCUCGAAAUUCUCUAUGAUGGGAGAACCCAUAGACAAGCCAAAGAUGCCCGGUUUAACUGAACCGCUGAAGAAAGGGGCAGUUUCCGGUUUAUAUGAAGAGAAGAGCAAUAAUGCGGUAUCUAAAGUACCCAUGUCGGUAUUUGUGUUGGCGUUCGUGCUAUUCUUAAGGUUGAUUUGGGUGUUGUUAUAGUGAUU